AGGAGGGGUUGGCGGGGGAGGAUUACGUCAUCCGUGGCAGGGGGAUUGCGUCAUCUCGAAUGCGCGUGCACUGAAGGGGAAUGAACAGUCGUGAGCAGAAGGAACUCUUCUCUUCAACAUCGGCCACUUACGCUGCUUCUCACCAGGAACCAGAAGCAGAAGAAACACCAGCACCGUACCACCUCCAGUUUUUUUUUAAAUAGUAUUAAAAAGAAACAAAAAAAAUGUGAGUGGUGGGUGUGAAGAGAAUAUGAGCAAAGAAGUCUGUGGCGAGCCAUGGCGGCAGAGAGCUGGACUGGGCAGCAGCAAGGGCAGCAGAAGAAGCAACAACAACAACAACAGCAGCAGUCUCAAGGACAACAGUGGCCCGUGCAGCAGAAAAAGCUUGUGGAAGGAGGCCAGGUGUUGAGCAGGCUGCAGCAGCAGCAACAACAACAGCAGCAGCAGAGAAAGCAGCACUUUCAAGGGCAGCAGUGGUCUGCUCAGCAGAAACUGGUGGAAGGUGGGCAGGUGCUGAGCAGACUGCUACAGAAUCAGCAGCAAGGGCAGCAGCAGAGGGCGGGCAGCGUGAGCGUGAGCGCCGAGGGCCGGAGUUCGCUGGCCGUGUGCCGCUGCACAGACUCGCUGUCGUGCUACUGCGGCUGGCGAUCGCACUGUUGCCGCCGCUGCUGGGAGCGGCUUGGCCGCUGCAAUGUCGCCGCACCAGACUACGCCUGGGUGGCGGGGGCCCUGGCCGUGCUCCUCUGGGACGUGGGGACGGACGUGAUGCUGGCACUGAGCUACCUGGGCCGCGGUGAGCGUGCCCUGUUUGCGUUCACGCUCGCCUUCGUGCUCGGGCCCUCUCUCGCCGUGCAGGCCCUCAGCUUCCGCUGGUUUGCCAGAGACUUUGGAGCCCGAGGCCGGGCAGCUGUGGCUUCUGCUUCCGCCCUGUCAUCGUCUUCGGUUUCGGCCACGGCGGUUUCUGCAGCCUCGGCGACUUCGGCUCUGCGCCCGUGCUGCCGGGCCGGCGUGUGGGCCUGGCAGGGCCUCGUCCACGCUCUGCAACUCGGACAAGCUUGGAGGUACGUGCGCGUGCUCUACCUGGGCGUGCAAAGCCAGCGCCGGCGGCCAUACCGCCGGCGCUUCCAAUGGGCACUCAUGUACGAGUACGCCGACGUAAGCAUCCUGCGCCUGCUGGAGAGCUUCCUCGAGAGCGGGCCUCAGCUGGUGCUGCAGCUGUCCAUCAUGCUCCAGCGCCAUCACGUCGAGCCGCUGCAAUGUGUGUCAUCAGCUGCCUCUUUGCUGUCGCUCACCAUGGUGCUGGCCUCCUACCAAAAGGCGCUGCGGGACUCGCGAGAUGAUAAGCACCGCAUGAGCUACAGAGGCGCCUUGCUGCAGAUGUCCUGGAGGGCCUUCACCAUCUUUUCCCGCGUCCUCUCCUUUGCUCUGUUCGCCUCCAUCUUUCAGCUGUACUUUGUCAUUUUCCUGGUGGUGCACUGGUGCAUCAUGACAUUCUGGAUCAUCACGGUGGAGACCGACUUUUGCAUGUCCAAGUGGGAGGAGAUUCUGGUCGACAUGCUCAUGGGUGUAAUCUACAUCUUCUGCUGGUUCAACGUCAAGGAGGGAAAGACCCAUCGGAGAAUGUUUGCGUUUUACCUUAUCGUGUUGACAGAAAACUCGGCCAUGAUGCUACUGUGGUAUUUCAACAGAGACCCCUUGGCAACUGACGCCUACGCUCUGCCUCUCCUCUGUUUCAGUGUGAUCAGUUUCUCGCUGGGGAUGGCCAUAAUGCUGGUUUACUAUGGCUUCCUUCACCCGGGCGGCCGACGCUUUCAGGGGAUGCCUGGCUCUUGUUGCUCGGCCGCACUGAAUGGCAUGACCAUCCCUCAGCCGCCCAGCCCGCCACACCUGGUGCCACGGCCCCCAGUGUCGCUGUCUGAUGCCGCGCUACGGGGCAGCAGGGAGCUGAGCGAAGCGGAUGGCUACACGCCCGUUUUUGAAGUGCGGAUGUCGCCCAUUCCACCCUCGCCUGCCAUGCAGUACCGCCCGGAGGGGCCCGUGAUCAGGGUGGACAUCCCGCGCAAGAAAUACCCGGCGUGGGACGCGCACUUCAUCGACCGGCGCCUGCGGGGUAACAUCUACGUCCUAGAGUUCCUCACUCCUACUGCCACCGCCAUCCAGUACCGUGACGUCACGCUCUCGUACGAGAUGUACGAGUACGAGACGACUGUCUGAUCCGUCGCGGUGUCCGCAGUUGUCUGCGCAUUUCGUUUGAUGAUAUUUUGUUAUGAUUUUUUUGACGUUUGAAAUUUUUAUUGCAAUAAGCAGGAAUAUGUUCAUGGUUGAGGUAUGUGCUAGGCAAGCUUAAUCCGAACCAAUUUGGAAUUGUCCGAUUUUGAUCUGAUCUUUUUUUAUCAUCUCUGCCGUAGUCUCUUACACACUUCUUUUGUCAAUGAAGCACUGUCAUCACGGUUCUCUGAGUCAACAAGAUUCUCAACGUUUUCCACUUCUUCCUUCUUCCCAUUGUUUUUUAAAAGAAACGCCUUUUCUAGACGUCGAUAUUGUUAUUAAAUUAAGUAUGCUGCUAACUGAAUUUUACUUGGUAAAAAUGUGUUUGUGCAGGAUUUAAAUGUUGGUGCAAAAUACUGAUUUCAAUUGCGUGGUGUCAUGAAUUAGAAUGUGCUGCAUAGGUCUCAUCACCUGUGCCUCACACUAGACCAUGCAGGGCCUCAUUACUAUCUCAGGCCAGGUGAUGAUUGCUUUAUUUUUUUCCUGAAAAGGGUUAGAUAAAAAAAAUAUGAAGAGUUAAUUUUAUUAACAAUGCUAUUUUAUAAAACAUACAGUAUAUAUAAAUUAUAUUUUUUGUCUCGCUUAAGCAGAAUAAGCAUAGUUAUAUUUAUUUCACAGUGCACUUUAGUGAAUGUUAUAAGAAAUUAUAAAAAAUAUAUAUAACAUUUUUUUACAACAAUUAUUUAACUCUAUUAAGGGUUUCCAGUAAAAUAUGAUUACACUGAGUUUAAAUGAAUAAAAUACACAAAAAGCACAGUCUUUUCAUUUCACAUAUACAGUAUAUGUAAUGAAGAUAUCUGCACCUAUUAGCACGGUUGGCUAUGUAUGGUGCAAAAGAAGUUCAACAUACAUACAUAUCACACUUUAUGCUCAGAGAAAAUUGCAUACAUUGCUCUGAAGAUGAAAACCUUGUGUUGAGCACUACUUAGUAGGUUCACACGAUAUAAAUAUGAUCCGUUAUUUUUAGGCAGAUAUGGGUUCUUACACUUCAUAUAUGUCUACUUUAUAAUGUCUGACGUGCACUCUCAAGCAUUAAAACCCAUUUAUCAAUCUGUAACACAUUUAUAUUUUUCCUUAAAAAGGCAGAUCUAGCAAUGGUGCAACAUAAUGCAUCACAAAUUACUUAUUUGUGAUUAUACAUAGCAAUCAUCGACCGCUACUGGCAGACUAAUGCCCCAGGUCACACUUGCAAUGAGACCAUCCUGGUCACUUCAGUUCUCAUCUGGUUAAACAAAAUAGACUUUAAAAUCAACGUGAAUCUCGAUAAACCCAUGAAAGAAAUAUGGUAUGCUCCAAAUGUUAUUAUCUGUCCACCAACCACCAGCAUGGUGGGUUUAAUCUCCAUUGGGAGUGAUGCAGUGUUGUGAACCAAAGUUAAAUCUGCCACUGCCAUUUCACACAUGUUUUGGGCGCCACACCAGAUAGUGGGCAUGUAACGAUGCAUCGAUGAUUCACCAAUUAAAAUCACUAGCGAUACGUGCAUCGGGUAUUUUUUUUAAUUUAUGCACGUUAUGAGCAAAUUAUAUUGCAAUGUUGCAUUUGGGCUAAUGGUAAUAAUGAGACAGACCGUAGAAACAAGAUGGACAAAACAAACGAGAUGGUGCUGAUGGAUAAUAAAAACAAAUUAGACGGACAAAAAAGGUACAUUUGAGAGGAUACACGCAAGAUAGAAAAUUCGACUGAGUCAUCAUGAAUGAGAUAAUACAAAUAAGACAGAUCAAAUGAAGAAAACUUAACCAACAAGAGAGUAUUUACAAUAGAGUACACUUUACACAGUACAAAUGAGGCAGUGAAUAAAAUGUGUUAGCAAAGUAAUAUUGAAAUCAAUUCCAGAAUCAUGACCCCUGAAUUGUGACAGUUCGCUAGUUUGUAGUAGGUAAAUCGUUACUUGCCCAAUGUAGGGGAUUAUCGUCAGUUCAGCCGCAUUAACAUCUCUUGUUUUAGUGUUAGCAAAAUGUAGGGAAUCACAUUUCACCGAUAUUUAAAAAAAGCAAAUAGUAAAGGCUCAAUAAACCUUCAUCGUUUGAAGUAUUCCCUAGUUAUUUUGCAAACUAUCAAAUGCUGCUGCAGCAACCAGGACAUUUGGUUUUGUGCAGGCUUGCUAGAAAUGACUUCAAAUUAAAACAACAAAAAAUUUGUUUUAAAAUGUUGAUUUAUUAUGAGACCAAAAUCUUAAUAAAAAAUAACUAUACUUUUAAAGAGAAGCUACAUUUUCUCCUGGAAAAGCACAUAGUGUGACUCAUUUAAAAAAAAAUCCUAGCAAGCCUGAUGGGAAUGCAUGCCAACCUAAAACCGUAAAAUCAACCCAUCACGAAGCCACAGCAGACAUUGGUUAAAUGUCUUGUGGUGCGGUUGGUUUAACUCCAAAGGUGCCAGUGUCGUGUGCAUUGGAGUAUGGUUGUGGUGUUAGCAGUGCCUUUUAAUAUUUACUUUUACAAUGCAAUACUUCAGCAUUAUUUUUGUUUUAAAUGUUAUCGUGAAUACAAAACACACCUUAUGCUUGUACAAACAUAUUUUUCUAAAAUCUUUAUUACGGUGUAUUUAAAAUAUAUUUUCAUUUGAUGUUACGUUUACAAAGUUGGUCUUAUAAAAUAUUCCAUAUGAAAUGAUAAGUGAUCAAGUGGAAAACUGCACACACUCACACAAGCACACACAAGCACAGUAUAUCUGCUAAAGCAAUAACAUCAUGUAAAACAGUUAGAUUUUAGAGCAUUAUACAAUCCAAUGGUGCUAAAACUUUCUUCAAAAGUACAUAGAACAACACCAAGUUAGUACUUUGCUUUCUAUCUGUUUGUAUUGUGCAGUCAUUACACCAGACAUGUGAAAGGCUUAGCAGAAGUGCUCUGUGAUACAGGACAGAGUGCUCAAAGAAACCACAGACAUAAACUAAGACUACCUUUGGUGGUUUUUUUUGUUGUUAUUUCCCACCUACAACUCCCCACUCCACCCCCCUGUUACCAAUUACACCAGUACAUUAAACCAAUGGUGCUCAAUGGUGCUCAAUGUUGGUGUUCAAAAUCAGGUGCUUAAGAGUGGACAGGGGAUUGCUGGUGUGAA